AUGCAAGCAUGCAUUGUUCCCAAGGCCAAGGGCUUACGCUUCCUGAGGAGGAAGCCUGCCAAUGGGGUGAAGGCCCUUAACUCUCUCACCCCCAACUCCCUGGCUGUCUCCCCCUCAGGGAGUUCCACCUCUCUCACCCUCUUCCGGUCUCAGCCCGGUGUUCAGCCUAAAGAUGCUGAGGUGAAUGGGGACAUUCCUGCAGCCGAGGGACCAUCAGAGAACGACAGUGGCGCAGAGAUGACCAAUGAGAACAGCCCGCUGACCGCUGCUGAGCCGCCCUCCCCCUUCAGCCCCAAGCAGAACGGAGACGCUGCCUCACCUGCAGACUCAGAUGUUAACCAGUUGUCUGGGAGCAGGAAGAGAACCAGGAAGAGGUCCUCUGAGGAGGAGGAGUGCAGCUGGGACUCCUCCUAUAGUGAGCAGAAGGCCAAGGUAGUAGGAGUGGGGGGCUCGGAGUCUGGCUCGGGUCUGAGACAGAGACCCUCUCCCAGGACCAUCUUCCAGGCCGGUCUGCUGGCCCCUCACAGCAAACCACGCAGCCGCGAGCAGAGAAGGGGAGGACGCCAGAACAAGCUGGAGCACCACAGCAGUCCUCUGAGCCUGGCCUGCAGUGUUGGCCCCGGGCCCCUGGUGUCCGUGGUCCCUGAGAGCCCCUCCCUGGAGCUCCUGGAGCAGGACUCUAAGGAUUCGGCCCAGAGCACCUCCACCUCCUCCACCUCCCUGGCCUCCAACACCACAGAGCCUGCCUGCCAGCCAGAGUACAAGGACAACAAGGGUUUUGGCAUUGGGGAGCUGGUGUGGGGGAAGAUCAAGGGUUUCUCCUGGUGGCCAGGCAUCGUGGUCACCUGGCACGCCACGGGCAAACGACAAGCCACUCAUGGCAUGAGGUGGCUGCAGUGGUUCGGUGAUGGCAAGUUCUCUGAGGUUUCAGCUGACAAACUGGACUCCAUCACUGCUUUCCCCAAGUUCUUCAACCAAGCCUCCUACGCCAAGCUGGCAUCCUACCGCAGGGCCAUCUUCCAGGCACUGGAGAUGGCCAGUCUGCGUGCUGAGAAGCCAUUCCCUCCGUGUGAGUCAGAGGGGCCAGAGGACCAGGUCAAGCCCAUGCUGGACUGGGCCAAAGGGGGCUUCCUGCCUAAGGGCCAGGAGGGCCUCAAACCCACAGAGAACCCUGACAGCAACCCGUUAAACCACAAAGUGUUGGACGUCAGUCUGCUAGAGUAUUUCCCCACAGCCAAGAGGCCCCGCAUCAGCCUUUGUAAGGCCAAGAGCAGCCCCGAGGAGGUCUACAGUAGAGAACAAAUGGUGCAUGAAGUUUUGAAGAAUAACAGAAGUAUAGAAGAGUUUUGCCUCUCAUGUGGGAAAACACGAGCGGCAACCUUCCACCCACUUUUUGAAGGAGGCCUUUGCCAAGCAUGCAAGGAUGUGUAUCUUGAGAUCUCCUACAUGUAUGAUGACGAUGGCUACCAAUCGUACUGUACCGUGUGCUGCGGGGGCCGCGAGGUACUACUGUGUGGGAACGCCAACUGCUGCAGGUGUUUCUGUGUAGAAUGCCUGGACAUUCUGGUAGGCGCGGGGGCGUCGAACAGUGCCCGUAACCUGGACCCGUGGCGCUGCUACAUGUGCCAGCCCCUGCAGCCCUACGGUGUGCUCAAACAACGCCACGAUUGGAGCAUGAAGCUGCAGGAGUUCUUUAUCAACGACAACGGCCAGGAGUUUGAAAGCCCAAAGAUCUACCGGGCUGUCCCUGCGGAUCAGAGGCACCCCAUCCGCGUGCUCUCAUUGUUUGAUGGCAUCGCCACUGGCUACUUAGUGCUACGAGACCUAGGAUUCAAAGUGGACCAUUAUAUUGCAUCAGAGGUGUGUGAGGAUUCCAUAUCGGUGGGGGUCGUCCGACAUGAAGGAAGAAUCCAGUACGUGCACGACGUGCGCAACAUCACCAGAAAAAAUAUAGAAGAGUGGGGCCCAUUUGACCUGGUGAUAGGAGGAAGCCCCUGUAACGACCUAUCUAUUGUCAACCCCGCCAGGAAGGGACUGUACGAGGGCACAGGGAGGUUGUUCUUUGAGUUCUACCGCCUGCUGAGUGAGGCCAAGCCCAAGGAGGGCGAGGACCGCCCAUUCUUCUGGAUGUUCGAGAACGUGGUCGCCAUGGGCGUCAACGACAAGAGGGACAUCUCUCGUUUCCUCGAGUGCAAUCCAGUGAUGAUCGAUGCCAUUGAGGUGUCUGCGGCUCACAGGGCUAGGUACUUCUGGGGCAACCUACCAGGGAUGAACAGGCCUCGGUGUGCAUCUGGGAUGGACAAGCUAGAGCUACAGGACUGUCUGGAACAUGGCCGUGUGGCUAAGUUUGGAAAGGUGCGCACCAUCACCACACGCGCCAACUCCAUCAAGCAGGGCAAAGACCAGCACUUUCCCGUCAUGAUGAAUGGCAAAGAGGACAUCCUGUGGUGCACCGAGCUGGAGAGGAUCUUUGGCUUCCCGGUCCACUACACAGAUGUGUCCAACAUGGGCCGCGGUGCCAGGCAGAAGCUUCUGGGCAGGUCCUGGAGCGUACCUGUCAUCAGACACCUGUUUGCCCCUCUGAAGGACUACUUUGCAUGUGAAUAGUGCCCUCCCUAACCAACCUCUCUGUAGUUCCACACCUCCCUCUACUGCUACCCCAUGAGGAGGAUCUGCAAAUCAAAUCAAAUGUAUUUAUAAAGUCCUUUUUACAUCAGCUGAUGUCACAAAGUGCUAUACAGAAACCCAGCCUAAAACCCCAAACAGCAAGCAAUGCAGGUGUAGAUCUGCACCCUUUGGCCUCCUCCAAUCAUGAGGCUGAGGAGUAGGACACAAGAUCGUGCGGGUACACAUGGUGACUCCGCUCUCACCCCUCUCCGUUCAGCCAUGAUGUUUUCUUCCAACACUCUAAAAAUACCCUACACAAAAAAAUCGAAGGAGCCAGACCUGCCUUUCACUGAGCGAAACCAGCACUGAUAAGGGGACCAUUUGAGGGUCUUACUUUUAUAGCCUUCCUUUUAACAAAAGGCUGGUCUGAGAGUGACAUGGAAAGUACCACUGAUUGUCAAUCAGAAGUGCCAAUGCUAAGUUAGACAAUCUUGUUAUCCCCUGGUAGGCAAAAGCCAACGUGUUAUUUUAGGGUUUUAAGGCUUUAUACACUGCUUUUACUUCUUAACAAAUUACUUCCCCUCAUGUUGUCUUUGAGUGGAUUUGUUGUGAUCACAAAGUCAGACAUAUAUUUUUUUUAAAUAUUUUAUUUUUGCAUUUUCCAAUUAAGAACAU